ACUGCCAGUCAUGUAUUUUCUUUUUGUUAGUUUUCGAGGCAAUUUUAGUUGUCUUUCAUUACAUUAACAUUGAUGUUCUUGUUGUUUUUUUUUGUCGAUCGCUUUGUCGUAUUGCUACCGCUGUUAUUUCGUACGUGUAUCCAUACUUGAAAUCGUCUCUGCUCUAGCUAUAAUAAGCAAACAUUGCAGAUACAAGUUGUUUGCGCUUGCAUCCAUGCUCAACUUCCUGAUAUUCAGUACGACCAUAACACAAGUAAAAGGUGCACGUACGCGCUUAGAUUGUCCACUUUCGCCAUAUGUACACAUAUUUAUUUAUAUAUACUCACAUACCUAUACGAACGCUUCGUUUUCAUAUUUAUUAAACAGCACUGGAUUUAAUAUUACAUGCAUAUAUCAAAAUCAGCUCGCAUAUAUUAGUAUGUUUGAACAUUUAACUCGUGUUAUUUAAAAAGUUUAAUAUCUGUAAAACAACAAAAAAAUAUAAUACAAUUUGUAGUGCAUUGAAAUUAUAAUUUAAUUAUAUAAAAUAAAUGUAAAACUUUAAUGAAAAGCAACGAAUAAACCGCAAUCAAAUUUUGCCGCAAUCCAAAACGAGACUAUCCGCCGGCAAAUCGUUUAUGUUCGAAAAGGCGAUAUCAAUCAUAUCCACUUAUUUUAAUUAAUUAAAUAUAUGAGGAUGUGCGUAUGCAACUGCAUGAUUGCUGAAAUUGUAAAAAAAAAUCCAAAAUUAUGUAGAAUAUCUCUAUUAGCAGCUAACGGAAUUUAAAGUGAUGUUAUAGUAGAUGAAACUCCAGAAGCAUUUAUAAUCAUCAAUAAAUACAACGGAAACAUUCCUUCACACAACAACAUUUAACUUUACUAAACUAUUAGUCGCAUGAUUUCAUUAAAAAGGGAUGGAUGCCUACACAUUACCAACGUACUUCCCACUGGCUUUCUUUGUAUUUCAGUACCUAUUCAGAUUUACAAUUUCUGGCUUCUCGACGAGUAGCUGCGGUGGCAGCUGCAGCAACUGUGCUGCCCCCACCUCCACCACUACCGACCUCAGCAGUGACUGCUACGAAUUCAGUUAACUCUACAAACGUCAAUUGCAUCAACACCUGUAAUGACAAUCCAAACAGUGGUACGGAUGAGUGCAAUCCUGCCGAGAGCAGCAAAUUGCAGAUGUCUCUGGACGUCAUGAACAUGGCUGCUGCUGUACACCAUCACUCGCACCCACUUCAUAACACUCACGGCGCUGUACCACCACCUACAGCUCAACCGCACGAUUUUCAUCCAGCCUACAGAAUUCCAAGCUACAUGGAACAUUUGUACUCACUCCAACGUACCAGUCCUACCGCAUCCUUUCACGAUCCAUACACAGGCUGUCCUUCAACAUUUCAUUUAACAGGGCUAACUUUCAACUCUGGUGAUUAUUUAGGUGCUCGUGCUGUUAGUUCCCUGGGUGAUCUACAUCCAGCAACGGCGGCAGCUGCAGCAGUAGCUGCCAAUUCCUUAACAAGUACCGAUUUUCAUUUGAGCGUCGAUGGAUCCCGACUGAAUAAUUCACGAGCGGGAAGUAUACGGGCCAGCAUUAGUCGGAAACGUGCCCUUUCCUCCUCGCCAUAUUCGGAUUCCUUCGAUAUAAAUUCAAUGAUUCGAUUUUCACCAAACUCAUUGGCCACAAUUAUGAAUGGUUCGCGCUCCAGCAGCACCGCUAGUGGAUCGUACGGUCACUUAUCAGCUGGUACUAUCAGUCCAGUUCCUCAUUUGCAACAGCUACAAGCCCAUUUAAUACGCGCUAGUGCUGGUUUACUGCAUCCUAUGCCAUCACAUCAAGCUGCAGCUGCCAGUAUGUUUGCUAUGGGACAUAUACACCCACUGCAAUCAGCAGCAGCUGCCGCAGCCGCUGUCGCAGCAACAGUUACAAACAAUGGUGUUGGUAGCACAAGCAACGCUGGAGGAAUGCCACAAAUCAAUAAAAAUAAUGUUAGUGACAUAGUAAAUACGCCAAAUCCAGGCACUAUCUCAAAAAAUUAUUAUGAAGACGUGGCAUUAAUAAAUAAAACUAAGCCAGAGCUGCCGACUUCAACAUCAAGUGGUGUAGCACAAGUUGAAGCGGAUAGUGCGUCAUCAAACACACUCCUGCAUCGGUGCAAAAUCAUCAAGAGUCCACUGGCACCCUGCUCUAGCAAUGUUCAGUGUAAUACAACAACACCACACAGCGACUAUGAGUGCCCCAUUGUCGACACUACCGACAUAAAAGACGAACCGGGUGAUUUUAUAGAAACCAACUGCCAUUGGCGUGAUUGUGGUAUAGAGUUCGUGACGCAGGAAGAGUUAGUUAAACAUAUUAACAAUGAUCACGUACAGACCAAUAAGAAAACAUUCGUUUGCCGAUGGAUUGAAUGUUCUCGUGGCGAAAAGCCUUUUAAGGCCCAAUAUAUGCUGGUUGUACAUAUGCGGCGGCACACGGGGGAAAAGCCGCAUAAAUGCACGUUUGAGGGUUGCUGCAAGGCAUAUUCCCGUCUUGAGAAUUUAAAAACCCAUCUACGUUCACAUACAGGCGAGAAGCCUUAUACCUGUGAGUACCCUGGUUGCAGUAAAGCCUUUAGCAAUGCAAGUGAUCGCGCUAAGCACCAAAAUCGCACACACAGCAAUGAGAAACCAUAUAUAUGUAAAGCACCAGGAUGCACCAAACGCUAUACCGACCCUAGCUCUUUACGUAAACACGUAAAAACAGUCCAUGGUGCCGACUUUUAUGCUAGCAAAAAACACAAGGGGUCUUCCAACGAGGAUGAUAAUGGUGGUAUAGAUGGGCAUGGUAUUACCAGCAGUGCGAUUGGAUCAAAUGGUUUAAAAUCUUCCUUACAUAUGCAACUUCAUAAUCACAAUCAUCCUCAAUUCGAUUCAAGUCCUCGUAGCGAUGACAUGCACUCGGGCAAAACAAACAGCAUUUCAAGUCCAAGCAUCAAAUCGGAAUCUGAUGCUAAUUCUCCGGAUCACAGCCCCAACGGGGCAGAGGGUAAUCAGCUAUUGGUACAUAGGUCACAAUUACGUUCGACUGGUAAUAUUCGUGACAACGAAAAUUCUACUUCAGGAACCGGUUUUAGGGCUGACGAAUUUCAAUUGAGCUCUGUAGCGCCCCUUGAUGAGGGUUGGGAGUAUGACGAAGAUUUGGAAGUUGAAGAUUUGCCAUAUGUUUUGCGUGCAAUGGUAAGCAUUGGUAGUGCGGUCAACGCCGGAAAUGGUGGCUGCGGAAAUAUAAAUAGUGGCCUGGGAGGCGGGGGUGGUGCAAGCGGGGUUCUUGGUGGAACUAUGUCGCGGCAGCGUCUUCGGGGUCGAUUACAGGCAAAAGGUAUAAAUUUGGGUUCAGUGAUGUUAUCAAACAUUCCUGAAGCACGUCGAAAUGUUGGCAUAGGAAUUGGUGAAUUAAAUAAAAGAAUAAAUAAUUUAAAAAUGGAGUCAACCACUUCCCCAAUGUCGCCGCCCAGCCCAGAUAACAUGUCCAAAAUGACAGGAAGUCAUACAACUGAGCUGCAGACCCGUUUACAACAACAGCAAUUUUUAAGACGUGAUAGUCAGAAUUCCAAUGCUAGCACUUACUAUUGCAGUAUGCAAAGUAGGCGCAGUAGCCAAUCCUCUCAGGUGUCUUCCAUAUCUACUAUGAGACCAACAUAUAACAUAGGCUCUUUCUAUGAUCCUAUAUCGCCAGGCUGUUCGCGAAGAUCAAGCCAACUUUCGAAUAUAACUUCUAAUGUUUUGAGCGGCUACAGUAGUAAUUAUAAUGCUAAUGGUGGUACCAACGUGAACGCCAACAGCAAUAUUAAUAACACUAUGACCAUUGACAAAAGCCCAGCAAAUAACUUGAUGUUAAGCAAUUCAGCGACCGCUACUGAUAGUUCUCUGUGCAAUAAUAUAAUUAAAUUGAAUAGAAACAAUGUGAACAGCCACAGUUUGCCACCACCACCAUCCUCGCAUUUGAUAUCAUCACGUUUGCGUCUUCAAAACAAAAAUUAUCAGCACAAAACUCCACCUCGCGACCGUGGUCGUAGCUCCAUACCAAACCUUCUAUUUCCACAACUCAUUGAAGAACAUUGUACUUCAUGCUCACUGUUAAAAUCUUCUCAAGGACAUUUUAAGCGUCGUCAAUCUGAGCCCACAAGGACAGAAAACAAUCAUCGUGCAUCUCCUCAGCCGACUUACGUUCCAUUUGUUCCAUACAAAAUGCCCAGCAGAACUCGCACAGCUAAUAGCAUAGAUUUAGAAGACAAUCAGGAUAAAUUAAAAACAAUUAAUUGUGUUGGAGCGAAACCUAUCGCUUCAUCUCGUGAACAUCAUCCAAACGAAAGAGUUAAUCUGGACGAAGUUGAAGAAGAUGAACUUAUCGAGAAUAAAUUGGUAUUACCAGAUGAAAUGCUUAUAUAUCUUAAUCAAGUAGCCGAUAAACCAUAUUCAACUCGGCAACAGGAGCCAACAAGCCAACAGCCAUUACAAACGAAACCAAAAGAAAUAAAAGCUUCAUCGAUCGUUGAUGAUACGGCAAAACAAGCACAAACUUCCCAACUUAUAGAAAGUGAUGUUGUAAAAGCAACGUGCACAUCAGCUUCUUCCACCAUGUAUCCAAACAGCCCCGCUUUAACUUGCGUAACACAAAACCAAACAACAAUAGGUCAAAUUAUGUCUCCUUUAUCCAAUUAUUGUGUGACGGCAAGGGAAAGUUCCACCCGCACUCUUAAUUAUGAAAUGAGUAGUCCUCAAGCACCUAAUUCAACAUACAACUACUAUCACGCCAACUCACAAGUAGCAGAACAUCACGAUAUGGAAUAUAACUGUAAUUAUAACAAUUCAACAAAUGACAGGAUGCUAGCCGACCAAUUGCAUCAGCAACAGCAACCGCAACAGCAAUUCGAACAUCAUUUGGCGAUUAACUACUUCCGCAUGGAGAAUUUGAAUAUUCAUUCUAGAGUACACAAUUCAAAUUUACCACACCAGUAUCAGCACCAACAGCAUUCUCAAUUUCAACAACAGCUAAAGUCACAACAAGAAAAUACAGCUAUUUGCGUCGAUUCGUCAAUGACAAGUUUACCAGAAACUACAGCCGACAGUAUUUCGAAACCUUGCGCUGAGCAGAUUACAGCAGUUGAAGCUGUGGGUGUAAAUAAUAACCUAUUUUACCGACUACCUAGUACGGAGCGACGGUUUCAGCAACAUCAGCAAAUGUUGCAAAUUCAAAGGCCAGCCUUACCAGCAUUGAGUGACCCAGUCUGCAAAUUAGCUGUUGCCGAAAUUCAAUGUGGCGAUAUCAGUCAAUCCCAAAUGUCCCCCAUAUUGGAAUCACGGCAACCAAACCCACCAACUAAAGUUAUAAUGGCAGCAAACACUACAACACAAACAGCUGUGACUACCGCUAUGACCAUGCAAUCAAUGUCGACCAAUCAAAUCCAGGUAGGCCCAGCAGUAGGACAUUUCAUAAACAACUUUCCAACCACAACAAUAACAACAGUUGCGGCAUCAACUACUGAAUUAUUUGGCAGUAGUAGAAAUAAUGGACAAAAUGUGACCUAUAUUCCAAACAACGAAUCGGUCGCUAAUGGCGGUAUGCGUUUCGAUACAUACCAACGCACACUUGAAUAUGUACAGAACUGCCAAAACUGGUUACAUACUAACGAUUCCGGCACACAUGGCAAUAGCAAUCACGACAAUGAAAGGCCUGAUUACGAGCAAAACGCCCAGCAAGCUGUUAGCAGUUCAACACAUCCCAGCAAUAAUAUGAUAAUCAAUGACAUGACAACGUCGUUGAGCUCGUUACUAGAAGAAAACAGAUAUUUUCAACUCCUGCAAUGAGUAUGAAAUAUAUACAUAUACAUAAGUAUAUUAUAUUCCCACUUAGCAAUUACUCGUGUGCUAUGUCAAAACAAAAGAUAAAUAUUUGACGGGGUUUUCUGGGCGAUAGGAAAUACGGUAGGUCUUUCGUGUCCUCAAUGUCCUUUCUUUACCAUGCUAAAUACAUGUAUAUAUUCACAAAUUAUUUGAAAAAUUUAAUCUUUGUCUUAGCUACCACAUUCCCUCUUUCUAUAUGCGCUUAUAGAGCACAAUAGAAAUAUUUAACUAGUUUCGGUGCGUAUUUACACACCAUAGUUCCCUUGUUCAUUUUUCUUUUGAUAAAAAAACGUGUCAUUGAUGGUAAAUCAAAUGACAAGACUGUAACUGUUCAUCCUCCUGAUUGAUGAUUGUGUCUUAUUACAACAUUUUUUUGUGUUUAAGUUAAAUAUAUUAUGUAUUAUGUCAUAUAUAAGAAGAAAACACUUUGCGUUAUGUGCCGUUAUGGUCCUUUUUUGCAAAAUCACCUUCGAUUUUUUAAUCUGAGUAAAUAUAAUUCGUCACACAAUUUAUAACUCAAGAACGGCUGAACUGAUUUGACUGAAAAUUGGUGGGGAGGUAGCUUAGAAACUGGGGACAAUCGUUGCAGAUCGUUAAAAGUCAAAACAAUUCUUAUAUAAAAUAUUAUAUUUCAAAUCAAAAGCAUGUGUUCAAUUUGCGUAUAAAAAUCAAUUUUUUCAGAACAAAUUAAUAUAACUGCCUGGGUUCAAUAAUUUUUGAUUCCAUGCAUUUCGAUAUCUAUGGUUUUUACUAAUUGUUGUUAAUGAAAAAGGCGUUUUUGUUUUGACACACUAUGUGGAACAGAAAAUCUUCUUAGCAGAUGCAUCGCCAGUUACCGCGUCUACUUUGUUAGAUGAUGGGCGAACACAUAAAUUCAUAACAAACCAAACAAAACAUGUAACAUAAAAAAAUAGCGGAAUAGCUACAGUAUGAUAUCUUUGACUACAACGCAGUAAAGAUACAUAUGAUGCCAGUACCAAAGUCAACAAUCGGAGCUGCUGGCUUAGACCUAAUUACAUUUAUAUAUUUAUUAAAUAUACAUACGUCUUCCAAUGCAUUUUUGCUUCUUUAUAUGGAAGGUACUUAUAUAUUAUAAAAGCAAUUUUGUCGACGAAAAAAUUUAUAAAUUUUCAAGUGGAUAAACAACAAAACAAUGUACAAAGUAUUUAGCCGAAUUGUUUUAAGCUGAUAAUGUGCUAAACAUUUUCCACGAAUAAUUCAUUUAUAUAUAAAAUUUCUAAAAAUUCUAAAAUGUUUUAAUUUGCAUUCAGUUCUCUAUGUUUUUUAAGCAAUUAAUUAUGUUUUUACUCUCCCAAUAUGUUGAACAGCUUUGUUCUCUUAACGACGAACAUGACGAAUUGAUUUAACAAUAACUGUCUAUCCGCCAUCACCUGAGGAGCCUGAUUUUGGAAAUGGGCACAGCCACUUAUACGUCACACAUAAAUUAUUUAAGCUGUCGAAACCAAAUUUGUUGACAAAACCUUUGCGUGUAGCAAUGGGCCAUUUCCUAAAUAAUCCGAAAAAACGUGAUUUUCAUCUUUCUGGGCUAAAGUUACAGCUUUUCUAUAUACAUAUGUAUGUCUCAUUAAAGCAAAUGUAUCGAUUAUAGUUUGUCUAACCUAAAAUUCCUAAAAUGGAUAUCACGAAUACUAAGUAAUAUCUAUACCCUACUUUACAUACUUAAUAAAGUAUCUAUCUAACGUGAAGAGAUUUUCUUACUUGGAAUAAAAGUAGCCGUACAUGUACAUAGGCAUUAGUAUAUUACAAACCCAUAGAUAACAUUAUUGUGGUAUUAAAAGUACAAAAGACAACAAGUGCCACCGAUUAUACUACACAAUAUAAUUAUAAAUGCUUAUAAAAUUUGGCGCAAAUAUACACAAAUGAAUGCAAUUGGUUAAGAUAAGCAAAUACUAUGUAAGUAAGCAUAUGUAUAUAGAAACGCGCAUUACACUACAUCAAUGUAGAUACAUUCAUUGAUGUAUUUAUUGCAAUAGUUAUGUACUUAUGAAGUAAAAACAAUUAUAAAACCUACCCAUCAAAUAGGGCAUACAUUAUUAUUCUUAUGUAGCACAAACAUACAUACAUAUGUAUGUGUAUCAUUUUCAAAACAUACAAGUACACCUAACAUAUGAACAUCAAAACUAUAAACAUAUUAUAUGACAUAUGCAUUAGGGUGUUUAAAAAAAUUUUAAGCGUUAUCCUCUCAAGUGUUUCUAUUUGAUGUAAAAAAAAUCCUCACCAAACAUGAGCCCUAUUGCUCAAUUCUAAGGGGUUCCUAUUUUUAUUUAAGUCUCCCAUAUACUUAACAAUCGAAAUAUUCUUACUUUAAUUAAUUUUUUAAAACACCUUAAUAUCCAUACCUACAAAUAUGUUCUAAUUAUGUAUGUAUUUAUAUUAACUUGUGUAUAUAAGAUAUAUAUAAAUACAAUUAGAAAAGUUGAACAAGUCUACAAAUUAUAUAAAAAUAUAUUUAUAAAUGAAAUUAAUGUCGGAUGAGCAUAUUUUUUUAUGGAAAACCAUGAAUGUACACAUACAUAUAUGAAUGGUACAUACUCUACCAGCCAAAAGUGGUGAAAAAAUUAUUGAAACACUAGGUUUUCAAACCCUCCAAACUACUGAAAAAAGUGGUAAGUCCGCCAUAGGCGUUGUGCAGAUUCUAACCACUUUUCUGCUUACACGUACGUAUACGUGUGAUCAUAAUGUAUAUCUCUGUUGCGCUCCUUUAGUAGUGUCAUAUAAGAAAAAGUAUAUCUGAGCUACUCUUAUAUCCCCAAUCGACAGCUGAUGCAGGGUUGCAUUUUCUUAUUCCCAAUUUAAAAUGUUUUUAGAAUUCUAAACAAACAUUUUAAAUUUUUUUUUAUUUCCUCUUUAUUAAUAUACAAUUUUUACAGAAUUACAAAUAUAUUUAAUACAAAAAUUAUUAAUAUCUGAAAAUAAAGAAUAAUUAAAUAGAAUUGAAGAUCUCUAAAAGAAAAAUUAAUUAUAUGAAAUGAUAAUAAUAUCUGAAAGAAAAGAUUAAUAUUAUCUGAAAAAAAAACAAAAUAUAUUAAAUACAAAUAGAAUUGACUCUGAAAGCAAAGAUUAAUUAAAUGAAAAUAGUGAUAAACUCUGAAAAGAAAGAUUAAUUAAAAAAAAAUAAUAAUAAUAUGUGAAAGAAAUAUUAAUAUUAUCUGAUCAUUUAAAAUAAUAUAUAAAACAAACAUUUGUUUUCACACUUUAUAUUGGUUUGUGCAGGCCGCCUUAAACGCAUAAAACACAUGUACAUACAAUGUAUUUAUUUUUGCGUAUUAUAUUGGACUGCGCAGUCCAAUUUCACACAACACACACUAUUUUCACAUACUUACUUAACAAUUUAUAUGAUAUUGCUACUGCUGCUAUUUCCAGUUCUAUUCUGAUUUCCAAUGCUAUAAAAAGAAAUGAAUGUUGAAAUAAAUCAAGAAAUGAGAUAACUUUUUUCAUAGCAUUUAAGUUAAAAAAAUAACCUGCACAUGGCGCUAGUGCAUAGAGAAAAAAUGUGUAAUUAUUUAAUUGUUCUUUAUUUUCAGAUAUUAAUAAUUUGUUUAUUAAAUAUAUUUGUAAUUAUGUAAAAAUUGUAUAUUAAUAAAGAAAAAGUAAAAAAAUUUAAAUUUAAAAUGUUUGUUUAGAAUUCUAAAUAUAUUUCAAAUUGGGAAUCAGAAAAUGUAACCCAGCAUCAGCUGUCGAUUGGGGAUAUUAGAGCAGCUCAGAUAUACUUUUUCUUAUAUGACACUACUAAAUGAGAAAAGUGGUUACCACUUCUUUUCAAAACCUAGUGUUUCACUGGUUUUAUCACCACUUUUGACUGACAGGGGUCUUCAGUAAACAUAUUUUUGUGUGUAUGUAUUAGGUAAUUUAUAUCACGUUGUCGUGCUUAAUAAGUUGACAGAAGUUUAUAUAUUUUUUAUAUAUACAUACAUACAUUAUUACUAAUACUUAAUGUCUUCCCUUUUUAACAAUUCAAAAAAUAAGUACGUAUUGCACAAAUUUACAGCAUUCAGAAGUCAGUUAUUUGAAAACAAAAUAAAAAUUAUUAAAAAAUAGUAAAUGUAUUUGUUUAUAAUUUCAUUUAUUUAAGUGGUUAAAAAAAUAAAUGUAAAGUUCAGCUUUGCUUUAAUCAUAAUUUUCUGUGUAGCAUUGGGCCUCAAUAAAGCGUUUCAAUCUGCUCCUGCUUGCUAUCAUCUAUUGUUCAUUCCACGAUUUUCCGCAUUUGUCGAUAUCCACGUAGUCUUAGGGCGGCUUCUCUUACGACUUUCUUUGGGCUUUCCAAUCCAGAGCUUGUCAACAAAGUUUUGAGGUAUCUUUAAGCAAUGUGUAACCUAUUUAUUUCCAUUUUCCCAAUUUCAUAUAGUUGAGGGAUGUUCAUGUCAGAAAACGGCUUCCGUUGAGCGCAAAAAUGUUCAUGCACGAUCAAUACCCGAACUAUCAGCACAUUCGGCUCAAGCGCUCAAAAUGGCAUUCGUGAAUGAGCUAAAUUCAGCUCAAUUGCGGUAAAUUCGUUUGCUUGCUGAGUUUAUUCACGCUCGUGUUGAAACAGCUCUACUCAAGCGUUCGCUCAUUCGGCUCAACAAUGAUCGUGUUGAAUGAAAACAAAAACACAAAAGAGCAAACUCAACGCCUAUGAGCAAACUCAAUGGGUAUGAGAAAACUCAACGCAUAUGAAUAAACUCACUGUGCUUGAAUAAAAGCGCCGUCUCCUUAAGCGAUUUGCAGCACUUACAUACAUACAUAUGUCUGUUUAAAUUUGAAGAAUUUUUUGGCAAAUAUUUUAAAAUAUUGCUACAGGAUUGGCAGUAUAUAUGUAAAUCCAUUCCAAAUAGUGCCAUCCUCUUUAUUAAUUUCAGAUAAUAUAUUCCAAACAUGGCUCCUUCCCUUAUGUCGGGCUGACAAUGUGUAGGCGUUUGUACGUAUUUUUUCUAAAAUAUCUUCUUGCUCCAUAUCGACGGGAUGACAAAUACAUA